AUGCGGCUGGGCCUCGGCUUGGCGGCCCUGGGCCUGGCCGCCGCCCUCUGCCUUUCCGGCGCCGCCGCCAGGGACCGCAUCGAGAGCGCGGACCGCUGGGCAACUGCUUUGAAUACGCUCAAGCACAAGACGCGCCGCCUCCAGGCGGACGACGGCGGCGACGACGACUUUGUCCCGGCCUGCCCCACCCAGUACUCCGCUUGGCAAGACUGCAUUCAAGGCCUCAUCGACGACGGCACGGUCGACGGCACGGACGACUUCUUCUCCGGCGGCGACGACGACGACGAGAAAUGCGACAUCGAGACGUCCGGCGACCUCAAUUCCUCUCCAAGCGGCACAACGAACCACGGCGCCGGGAAGGGGUGGUGCUACAGCGCCCUGGACGACCUCGUGGGCUGCGCGGCGUCGCCGGGCGACUGCUGGACGAUGUGUGAGGACGCAUACGGCGAUGGCUUGGUGGCCGUCGACUGGGAAGACGGCGGCGACUGCUUCUGCCAGAACGAGUGCGAGUGCAUGGAGGAGGUCGGCGACGACGGAAGCUACCUCAUCACGCGCGACUCGGCGGUCGCAUCGCUGCCGCAGGAGUGCGGCCCCGGCGAGGGAGACUACAGCUACUUCUACGGCUGCGAGCCGUCGAAUUGCGACGAAGCAACGGCCCUUGUCUACGAAGUGUGCAGCUCCAGUCAGCCGACGGGGCCCGCCUCGGCCUGCAACGCGGAAUAUCAUGCGUGGCAGGAGUGCGAAUAUGUGACCCCGGUCUCGGAAGAUUUUGGCCUCACCUGCGAUUUCACGGGAGCGUGCACCUCGGGGCCCUACGACGACGGCGGCACGUGCGCGCCGACCACGGCCGCGCCCUCCACGGCCGCGCCGUCGGCCGCGCCGUCGGCCGCGCCGACGACCUCGCCCGCGCCGACCACGGCCGCGCCCACCACCGCAACGCCGUCGGCCGCGCCGACCAUCACGCUCAAGCCCACCCUGCAACCGACGGACAAGCCCACGUGGGAGCUGCACGCGUCGCGGGGCUGGCGGUCGGGCGUGCUCGACAUCCUCGCCAAGGAUGAGAUGCACAUCGCCUACACGUCGAACCCCAUGCAGAGCUCGGCGCAGUGCCUCCACGGCAACGAGAUGUACCUCCCCGCGCGCGUGCUCUGCGACCGCCAGUGCAUGCUCGACGGCGCCGCCGUCGCGAAGGCGUCGGGCGGCACGCGCGCGCCGCCGACGCCCGAGGAGUGCGCCGGGCCCUGGUACUGCGCGCGCACGGACGUCUGCGAGCUCUUCCGGAACCCCGAGCACGCCCCGGGCUCCGACGCGGGCUUCGACCGGCGCUGUACCACGAUCUGGGGCUGCGCGAACCACAGCAUGUGUUUUCCCACGGAGGACGCCGCGGCGGGCAUGCAUAUUGAUUUUCGGAAGGAGGACCUCGCCAUCAAGCGGCGGUCCGGCGACCGGCCGGGCCACCAGGCUUGUUUUCCGGCGUCUCUGGGUUGCCUUCUCGACGCAUCGCCGUCCCCUCGACGGCGUCGGGGUGGACGCGGGCCCCUCGACGCCGUCGCCGCGACGCGCUGCACACCCCUCGACGCCAUCGACGUGCCCCUCACCUUCAUCGACGCAGGCGCGCUGGGUCAGCGACCCGAUGGAGCUGCGCUACGGGGGCUUUACCGUUAGAACGACGUGCUGCGCGAACGACCACGACUUCGCGGUCGGCGUCGACAUGCCGUGCAACGGCGCGGCGCGCGCGACGGCUGUUGUGGGACUGGCGCUGCUGCUCUGGGGGCUGUUCUCGUAAGGAUAUGUACUUUUAGAAAACAAAAA